UAGGGAUCAAUCCCUUUCCUGAAGGGACGGCCAUGGCUGGAGUGCUGGCAUUGCUCCUGACACAUCUGUGGCCGUUGGGCGCGUCGAGUUGGCAUAAACCCUGGGCCACUCAUGCGGCAUGCGCUGAAAUGGUGCGCCGCUUUGAUUGGACUUACAAUACCUCUGAAAUUUUGUACCGCAGAUUCCACGCCUGCCUGGCACGUCGGAAAGAUCUUCCAGAUUGGACUGGAAACAAUCGACCUCCUUUGAUCUCGGGUGAACAUUAUCCAGUUUCGGUGGUUCCAUCAGUGCAGGCGCCACCUUUAUAUUGGAUCACCCCGGUCUAUGACUAUGUCGUUUCCAAUCACAUCCGCAAAGCAGGGACCUAUGAACCUGUAGAGCUGGAGGUCUUCCGAAAUUUAGUGCGUGAAGGUGAGGUGGUCUGUGAUUUAGGUUCUCAUGUGGGCAGUUACUCCAUCCCCUUAGCCUUCCAUGUGGGUCCCGCGGGGCGAGUGUAUGCCUUCGAGCCCUUCCGGGUGGUUUUCCAAUUACUCACCGGCAACGCUGCGAUCAAUGGCCUGGAGAAUUUCUAUUCCUUCAACGUGGCGCUGGGCGAAAGAUCGGAGGUGUUGAGAGCCAAGAGUCCAGCGUUAAAGAGGUCCAGCAAUAUCGGUGCCACGGCCGUGUUUCUUCAAGCCAAAGAAGUUUAUGGAGAAAAUCAUGUCCUGCAAUAUGAGGGAGAGGAAAAUGUGAAGGUUGAAACCUUCGAUUCCUUUCAUCUAGAGGAAGUUCAUUUUAUGAAGAUUGAUGUGGAAGGUGCUUUGGAGAAAGUUUUGCGUGGUGGCCAAGAGACCAUUCAGCGUUGCCGGCCCAUCAUCGCUUGUGAGCAUGGUGAGGAACAGGCACCCGAAUUGUUGUUAUUGUGGGGCUACCGCUGUUUGUUGGUCCUUCCCCCGCAUGACUUGUGGGUCUGCGUGCCAGAGGAGAACUGGUGGCGUCAUCGAUGGUUGGAGGUCACCGAUUUCGGCUUCGGCCCUGGAGGUACCCAGCUGCCACGCUCGGUGCAGUUGGCGCAAGAGAUGAAGGCGGAAGCUGAGGCCAGGAGGGGAACUGAGGCACCCAAAUUGGUUCAAGACGGCCAAGACAUUUGAGAAAAAAGGAUGAAAAAAGGCUGAAAAAAGGCAGCUAAAGACAAGAACUUCAGCUCCCAUUUUGUUGGACAACCUGACAGUUUUCAGCGUUGAGAGUUUAACAGUUGGCUGGAUGAUUUCAAAUUCCCAGCAGCUAAGUUGACAUCCGAAGAUCGUGUUAGAAAUAUAAGUUUAUUUGGUCCUGUGGAUGGCUCGCCGCGUUGGACAAAAAA